GGUCCACAGGCGCCCGGGCCGCAGGAGCGCUCGGCCGGGCGGACGCGCGGACGCAGUCGGCGUUGGGGGAGAGGGGCUCCCGCAGUCGGGUUCGGGGGGGCCCCCGUUUGCGGCGCUUCCGACGGCCCAGGCCGAGCCCGGGGUGCUGCCAUGGGCCCGGGGCCCCCGACGGCCGGCGCGGGGGCGCCCCCGCGGGCGCUGCCCCUGACGGCGCGGCUGAGCUACGCCGUGGGCCACUUCCUCAACGACCUGUGCGCGUCCAUGUGGUUCACCUACCUGCUGGUCUACCUGCACUCCGUGCGCGCCUACAGCUCGCGCGGCGCCGGCGCGCUGCUGCUGCUCGGCCAGGUGGCCGACGGGCUCUGCACGCCCCUCGUGGGCUACGAGGCCGACCGCGCCGCCGGCCGCUGCGCCCGCUGCGGGCCCCGCAAGGCCUGGCACCUGGUCGGCACCGUCUGCGUCCUGCUCUCCUUCCCUUUCAUCUUCAGCCCCUGCCUGGGCUGCGGGGAAUCCACUCCGGAGUGGGCCGCCCUCCUCUACUACGGGCCCUUCAUCGUCAUCUUCCAGUUUGGCUGGGCCGCUACCCAGAUCGCCCACCUCAGCCUCAUCCCCGAGCUCGUCACCAACGACCACGAGAAGGUGGAGCUCACAGCUCUCAGGUACGCCUUCACCGUGGUGGCCAACAUCACCGUCUUCGGUGCCGCCUGGCUCCUGCUCCACCUGCAGGCCUCUUCCAACAUGGGGCCCACCCCGGAUGUCAGUGACCAGCUGGGGGUCCAAGAUGUGCCAGUGUUUCGGAACCUCUCCCUUUUGGUGGUGGGCAUCGGCGCCAUCUUCUCACUGCUGUUCCACCUGGGCACCAGGGAGGGGCGCAAGCAGCUGGUGGAGGAGCCGGAUGAGCACAGCCCCCUGCUGGCCCCCACCACGGCCCGCCCCUUGGUGCUCUGGAAACACUGGCUUCGGCAGCCGGCCUUCUACCAGGUGGGCUUCCUGUACAUGAGCACGAGGCUCAUCGUGAACCUGUCCCAGACGUACAUGGCCAUGUAUCUCACCUACUCCCUGAACCUGCCCAAGAAGUUCAUCGCCACCAUCCCGCUGGUGAUGUACCUCAGCGGCUUCUUCUCCUCCUUCCUCAUGAACCCGGUCAACAAGUGGAUCGGGAGGAACAUGACUUACUUCGUGGGCCUUCUGGUGAUCCUGGCCUUUGCGGCCUGGGUGGCAUUGGCAGAUGGGCUGGGUGUAGCUGUCUACGGAGCAGCUGUGCUGUUGGGCACGGGCUGUGCCACCAUCCUUGUCACCUCACUGGCCAUGACAGCGGACCUCAUCGGCCCCCACACGCACAGCGGAGCCUUCGUGUACGGCGCCAUGAGCUUCUCGGAUAAGGUAGCCAACGGGCUGGCAGUCAUGGCCAUCCAGAGCCUGUACCCCUGCUCCUCGGAGCUCUGCUGCGGGGCCUGCGCAGGCUUCUACCACUGGGCAAUGGUGGCCGUGACAGGCGGUGUCGGGGUGGCGGCUGCCCUCUCUCUGUGCAGCAUCCUCAUCUGGCCCAUCCGCCUGCGGAGCUGAGUCCCUGGAGCUCAACCCUGACACUCCCAUAUGGCCUCCUGCUCUAUGCAAAUGAGCUGCAACUGUGCACAUUCUAGGCCCUGCUCCUCAGAUCCCUGCCGCCUCCUGCCUGGCUGCAGGGAGGGUGGGUGAGGACAAGAGGGGCUGGACCCCCCCGGCCCAUCUCCACUGGGGUGAGACAUAGCUAGGCCUUCUGGUGUCAGGAGCCCAUGGGUCCUCAUCGGUUUGGGGGUGCCUAAGCCUCACUUGAAUGGGUGACUUGGGGUGCCCUUGCUAUGUUGUACGGGGCUGCCCUGAACUCAGCUCCCCCUCACCCCUGGCCAGCUCGGGUCUCCAGGCGCUGCUGGCAGUGAAUGAAGAGCUCACAGGAA